AUGGCAAUACCUCUCGAGUACAAUCCGUUGACCAAGGUCGUGCCCUCCGACCCCGAUCGACUGCCGCAUAUUCCAGUUCAAGUCCUUUACCUAAUCGCCCAGGCACUCCCGCAGCCGAGCCAAGUCUUGAAUCUUGCUAGAGUCAACAAGGCCACUUGGGACUACCUUCAGCCCGCCCUUUACGAGUGUGAGGUUACCUAUGAAGCCAGACUGGUUGCCCACUUUGGCGAUGGCAUCCCUAAGAGACGGUCGGCGCCGCCAACCGCCAACACCAGUGGUCAAAACAAUGGCGACGACGGAGCUCAUGGUGCCACCGAUAACGACGAGCAACCAGAAAUCCGUGUAAAUUGCGAGCAUGGUCUGGCCACAGGGCUUUGCGAGACGUGCGGACAGCGAAUCGCGAUUGAACGGAAAGACUUCAAGACUUAUUUGGUAGAGCGCAACGUCAGGCAAAGGUCCGAGCCACAUUCCAGAACUCACUUCUUCAAGUCUCGUGGCAUGACAGCUCUGCACUGGGCAUGUGCAGAGGGAACAUUCGCCUUGCCUGUUGCACGGAAGGCUAUCGAGGCUGCCAAAGCUCAUAACCCCUCGUAUAUCGAUGGCCUAGGCCUCCGAGCGCGACAGUAUGGCAACAGAAUUCCCAUACGGCUCUUUGGGGAGAUUCCGCCCCCAUUGUUCACGGCCACCGCUUUUGGCAACUUGAAGCUAUGCGUGGAGUUAGUUGAGGCCGGCUGCAACGUGAACCUGUUCCAGGCAAUGCACGGCGCGGAUAGCCGCACAUUUAUCGACGCAUUCUUCCGGAUACACGACAGCUGCGUCCCAACUGAACUUGUAUUUCCGCUUGGUCGCGCGGCCGCAGGCCAGUGGCUAUCCAGCGGGCUCAUUCCGCUGACUUGCAACACUGCCGGCCACGUCGCGUUAGACUUCGGACAUGCCGACGUCCUUGGAUACCUUCUCGACAACGGUCUAGAUCCUCUUAUGGGUAAAGAGCCGCUGAUACACCAAGCGGCUCGCAAGUGCGAUCUCCCCGCUGUCAGGGCUCUCCUUCAACGACGGCCGGAAAUGGCUCGGCAUCGCUGGGAUGAAGUCACGCCUCUACAUUCGUUAUGCAGAAGCGUUGAGACUGGUGGGUUCAAAACCUUCUCACUGGAUGAUCUCAGAUCCGUUGCAGAAUACCUAAUACAGAAGGGUGCUUCUUUGGAAGCCAGAGGCGAUUUCGGGCUCUAUCCGAGUCUAUCUCUCACACCAUUGCAGUGUGCCCUGGAGAAUUUCGCACAGAUCGAAAGCAACAAGGCGAGUGCACCUAUUGCCCUUGUUAAGCUGGGAGCCGAUUGGGAUGUGCCCUUCAUCUCGCAUUCCGUGCGGACUGUGCCUCUUUUGAUCCACUGUGUUCGGGAAGCGAUCACACCACCCCCCUCAAAUCAAGCCGAGGAUCCUUGGGGAUGGAGAGUAUUGGUGCCAAGGCGGUAUAGAUACCACGCCAUGGCAUAUGCAAAUUUGAUCAAGGCCAUAGUCAGCAGCACAUGGCGCUCCAACCCCGAUCCAGCACUGGCACCAAGCAGCGAGCGUCACAUGCAGGCAUUCCUCGACGCGUUCAGGGAGCUGGCCAAGACUAAGCUCGAGUACGCAGUAGGACUCCGGAAGAGUAAGAACACGUUUGCCAUCGAGGCUGUCGGCAGAAUGCUCUUGUCCACCGGUAUCCGUCCGAUUCAAAAAGACAUGGACAAGUGGGAGACAUUGAUCGCGGACAACGAGGCGGAGUCUAGGGCAGAUGAAGGGGUCGCACGCCAGUGGCGAGAGGUUUUGUCUGACUUGCCCUCUGCAGGCCCAGCAACUACGCAGUAA